UUAAAGCUCAGACUCGCCUUUGGGACAUUUAACCACCAAUCCAAGGGGCAUAAUGUUAAGGAAGUGAAACAGGAUCUCAGGAUUUUCGGUCUAAUUUACUAAAGGAAGGAGAGAGAUUUAAUUUGAAGUGUUCAAACAUCAGCCAGAUGGAGGGAGAGGGAGGCUGCAAAGGAAAUCCCAAUUGUGCUGACAUGUCUCAGCCACUUCCCCUACUGACUCAAACAUAUACAGAAGGAACAGAAGUAGAGAGGGCCAGUGUGGUGGAGAUCGGAGAACGGGCCAGUGUGGUGGAGAUCUUGGACGAGACACACACAGAGACGAUGGGUCUGUCCACAAGGGAUGAGGGAAAGCAGGGAGCUCAGGUCGUCAUUCCAAAGCCAGAGAGCACAGCUAUCUGUCUAAGAGACUCCUCAGAUAGUAAGCUUUGUGGAUACCUCCACAAGCAAGCCGGCCCGCUGAAAGCUUGGAAAUAUCGCUGGUUCAUCUACGAGGAGAAGAAGUGUCAGUUGUUUUAUUACCGAACUGCACAGGACAUUAACCCUCUUGGCAAAGUGGAGCUGCGCAAUGCCACAUAUAGCUACCCGCUGCAAGGAGAAGAGGGGACCUUCCACAUUCAGACACCUGAGCGCACUUUCAUACUUAAGGCAGCAAACAGAGAUGCUAAGAUGUACUGGCUCCAGCAACUGCAGCUGAGACGUUGGCAGCACAGAGAACAGCUAUGUGCAGACUUCCCACUGCCAGUACCAGAGAAUCCCACACAGGACAACCAACAGUAUUUAGACACUUGCCCUGCAAACUUCCUUCCCGUGGUGAAGGUCCCAUCGGGUCUGGUUGGAGUGGAAGCUGCCAAAGUUCCUGUUCAAACAAACCCACUUAACGUGUCAAUUAAACAUCCGCUCAUAGAGAUUCAAAACUCAGUACACAGCUUGCUCCUUCGCCGGCCAUCUAUGGAAGUGGCUCGUAGUGUAUUUUGGGUUGACUCACCAGCCAACCAGGCUGAUACCCCCAAAACAAAUCCCUCCUCAAGUACAACCCAUGAUGUUUCUCCUGUCCAGACAUCAACUUUGAGUUCAGGUCUGCCUCCUGAAAUUGAGUGUGAGAGUCCUUGUGAAAACCUCACAGCCCAUGGUCUAUCUCUAACGCUACCCAAUGGGAAACAUAAAAAAGCAAACUCUGCAACCUUUCCAUUUGACCGCAAAGAGGCAAACACCAUUGACCGCCUGUCACGCCUUAAACAGGAGAAUAUCUCACUGGCCAUGGAGGUCCAGGCCCAAAAGGAAUUGGUGUGGCUGCUGCACAAAGCCCUGGAGGCAGCUCAGCUGGAGAAGCGUGCAUGUGCUCAGUACCUAGCAGCUGAGAGUGAGCAGGAGCGUCUGGAGCUGCUGCGUCAUGGCGAGCGCUGCACCGCAGACAUGCGUGAGCGACUGGAGCAGCUGCGACGUGAGAACGAGGUGCUGAGGAGAAGCCUGGAGGAGAGGGAAGGAAAUGUGAAAGAGCUACAGGACAACUUGAAGCUGCUCAUGGAGAAGAACCAGGCUAAGCAGGCAGUCAUUGUGAAACUCUCUGAGCAAGUGACGGAAUGCAUGGCUGAUCCGAAUUGCACCACUUCUUCUGACCGCAUAAGCACAGAGAGCAUCAGGCAGAUUUUACACGAGAUGAACAACCUCAAGGAUGACAUGGAAGCUUACAAAACCCAGAACAAGUUCCUGAACUCAGAGAUCUACCAGCUGACCCGACUGUGGCAGAACAGUUCAGAACAGGAGAAAUCUUUAAUGGUGAAGUGUGCCUAUCUGGAAGCCAGCAACUGUCAGAUGGAAAGUCGGUACCUGGGGGUCCUGAGAAAACUCCAGGAGACUAAGGAAAUGAAUACAGAACAAAGAUCUGCUAUCAAGAAGCUAAUAGAAGAGGCAUUACAAGCCGAUCAGAAAGAUGUCCUCAGGAUCGAGACUACCAGGGAGUAUGACGAGUACGGCUUUAAGAUCGUCCCUGACUACGAAGUGGAGGACAUGAAGCUGCUGGCAAAAAUCCAAGCUCUGGAGAUUCGCUCUCACAAUCUGCUCCAGCAGGAAACUGGUGAGCGGUCACUUCUGGCCCGCUGGACUCAGUUUCUAGGAGGUCGUUCCCCUGAUGAUCUGUCCUCGAGUGAGGAGCUGAAGAAUCUGGUGCGAGCAGGAGUCCCUCGUCAGUACAGGCCAUCUGUGUGGCGCUGGAUGGUGCGGGUCAGGACCCAAAAGCUGCGCCAGAGCCACCCUGAUCUUUUCCAACAGCUGUGUGAGAAGAGCCAUGCCGCACCACACCCGGCAGCCAGGCAGAUCCAACUGGACCUGCACCGAACACUCACCACCAACCAGAGCUUCUCAUCACCCUCCAGUCCAAUGCUGCAGCAGCUCCAGAGAGUCCUGCUGGCAUUCUCCUGGCAGAACCCAGCUGUUGGAUACUGCCAGGGACUUAACAGACUGGCUGCUAUUGCCCUGUUGGUGCUGCAGAGUGAAGAGGAAGCUUUCUGGUGUCUAGUGGCCAUAGUGCAGUUUCUCAUGCCCCAGGACUACUACACCAAAACUCUUCUGGGCUCUCAGGCAGACCAGCGUGUGUUCAAGGACUUUAUGGCAGAGAAGUUGCCACGGUUGGUGACACAUUUAGACGAAUACAGUGUGGACGUGUCCCUCGUGACAUUCAACUGGUUUCUGGUGCUGUUUGUGGAGAGUUUGCCCAGUGACAUCCUGCUGAAAGUCUGGGAUGCCUUCCUCUAUGAAGGAACUAAGGUGCUCUUUCGAUAUGCACUUGCUAUUUUCAAAUACAAAGAGGAGGACAUCUUAAAGAUCCAUGACAAUGUGGAAAUAUAUCAGUACCUCCGCUUCUUUACCAAAACAGUCACAGAUGGCAGGAAGCUGACAAGCAUCGCAUUCUGGGAUUUGAACCCAUUCCCGAUGAAGCACGUGAAGAACCGGCGUGCUGCGCACCUGCAGCGGCUGCAGGCUGAACUCCGGGAACUGGAGAAACAGCAGAAAGAGUACAGCUCGGAGAACAGCCAGCGCAAAGACACCAUCAUGGACCUCAUCCCCAGUGAGGAUGAAGAUGAUGCAUAGACAUUUAAACACUUACAUGUACAAAAAUAUACAUCAGUUGAACAAAAGCACUUGAACAAAAGCUAAAAUGUCAGAUACUGUGUAGAUAUAUACAUGUAUGAUGCACAUAUGCUAUAAUGAGAACUGCUGGGAUUGUCUCUGAUGGACACAGAUUUUUCAUCAGUAUAUUCCAGACUACUCGUCUUGAGGACAAACUCAUGUUUGAAAAGACUUUUGGAUGAGAGUCAGUGAAAAUUCAUUAUGGCUUUAAUAGACAGACUCCUGUAAUAUAUAAAGCGUUCUCAUUCAAAUAUGAGAAACACCAAAGAUUCCUGCACUGAACACAAUAUACCAGUUUCAAGCACUUUAUUUACACUACCAUUUGUUGCACAGCUAGCUCGUUACAAAAAAAGUAUGUUUUAUAAUUUCAGGUAAUUUUAUACAGAUUCACUUAUUUGUAAAACAGUGUAUUUUGUAAUAAACCAAUGUUCAUGUGUUCAUUUUGUGUGCUUUGUAAAUUAAAUAUUCUUAUACACUU